AUGGAUUGCCGUUAUGGCAUCCCUCGGCUGUCUAAGAAAAGCUGCAGUAGAGUAAAUAAGGCUGCACAGAGGACAUCACAAUCAGCAUUUGCUAGCCCGUGCUUAGUGGCCAGCCAGUCUGCUCCUGCACAACCUCCACGGUGUCGGAAAUCAAAGAGGCAGAAGUGUAUGCAGGGAACAGCUGCGCCAUAUUUGAAUAGAUACCAUAAUAGAACAUAUAUGUCAUGCAGUGUACCAGAAGGAGGAAUAUAUGUUCUUCAUGUUCUUGGUGCUGCUAUGGAUCGACAGCUACCAACGGAGCCUUUUAGACUUGCCGUGCCUUUUUCCUGUCACAAAUGCGGUGCAAAAAAAUUUAUGUUUGAAUCCUUGCACUUCUGCUGUGGGAAUGGAGACAUCACGAUAGCUGCGACUGAGUAUCCUCCUGAACUUGCUUAUUUGUUUACUUCAAAGGAUGAGGGUGCUGUGCAUUUCAGAAAGUAUGCUAGAUUAUACAACAACUUGUUCGCGUUUAGUUUGCUUGGGGGUCAUUAUUAUGCAAACACACACAAAGGGAUUUAUCUUUUUAAACUGCACGGUCAGAUGUAUCAUUUUGUCCCGGAUUUAUUGCCUGACAAUGACAAUCCAAAGUAUCUCCAAUUGUACUUCUAUGAUGGUCAGCAUGAAUUAGAAAAUAGGGUUGGUUGUUUCCCUGAAAUAAGAGAAGAUGUGAUUAGCAUUCUGAUGCAAGUAUCUAUGCAUAAUCCCUAUGCUGUAUUCUUCCGGACUUUAAGGGACAGGGUCAUUCAUGCAGAUACAAGAAUUGUUUUAAAUCAAGCGCCAGUGCUUGAUCAGCGUGUUUAUUAUGCUCCUGCUAUUGAUGAAGUUGCUGCUAUCUGGCCGGAGAGUGCUUCGUCUAGCCAGAGCUUGGGCCCUCAUAUAUUAGUUAGUGGACGCUCUGAUAAAUCUCAUCGAAUAUAUCAUAAUUAUGGAUGCUAUGAUCCGCUUCAGUAUCCUUUAAUAUUUCCUCAGCUGAGUGCAAAGAAGAAAAACACUAGAGCAGACAAAUUCAUAUCUGCUAGAGAGUAUUAUGCCUAUAGGCUACAGAUCAGGCCUAAUAACAUGCUUUUGCGAGUGGGAAGGUGUUUUCAGCAAUACAUAGUGGAUAUGUAUGUGAAGAUUGAAAAUACAAGACUUGAUUACUUCCGAAAUAAUCAAGACACCAUCAGAGCUGAUCUGUAUAAAGGGAUUUUGGAUUCACUGGAUUCAGGGGAGACUCUUGGAGAAAAUGUUGGCCGUAGGGUUAUAUUACCUCCUACUUAUAUUGGCGGUCCUCGGGAUAUGAAGAAGCGGUAUUUAAAUGCUAUGGCUUUAGUACAGAGAUUUGGUAAACCAGAUCUUUUUGUUACAAUUACUUGUAAUGCUAAUUGGCCUGAAAUAAAAGCCGAGCUAGCUGCUGGUGAGGCGGCACAAGAUAGACCUGAUUUGGUUGCUAGGAUUUUUAGAGCAAAAUUGGUAGCCUUGAGAAGAGAAAUCAUGGAGAAUAAAAUAUUCAGGGAAGUGGCUGCAAUGUGCCCUACUGACUACGAUCGAUUCGUUUGUGCUGAAAUACCUGCUCCGACUAAUGGUGUCUUGAGAAGAAUUGUGUUGGCACAUAUGAUGCAUGGUCCUUGUGGUAUCCUUAAUCCGGAUUGUCCAUGUAUGAAGAAAACCGGCGUGCAACGCAGUUGUAAAAACAAGUACCCUAAGCAAUUUUGUAAUGAAACGACUAAUAAUAAAGAUGGAUAUCCUAUCUACCGUCGAAGAGUAACUGGGGAGCAGGUAACCAUAAGAAAUGCACAAUUAGACAAUCAGUGGGUCAUUCCCUAUAACCCUUAUUUGUCAAUGCUCUUUGAUUGUCACUUGAAUGUUGAGGUGUGUUCGACCAUUAAAGCAGUAAAGUAUCUAUACAAGUAUGUGUAUAAGGGUCAUGAUAGGAUUUCGUAUAAUGUUGUUGGUUCUUAUAGUGAACCUGUAGAUGAAAUUCAUCAAUAUCAAUCAGGUAGAUGGGUAUCUCCUUGUAAAGCUGCAUGGAGAAUUUUUAGCUUUGACCUAUUUGAGAUGCACCCUUCUGUUUUUUCUUUACAAGUCCAUUUGCCAUACAUGCAGACUGUUCAUGUGCGCCCGCAUGAAAAACUGCGCUCUGUUGUUUUGGAUGAUAAACGCUCAAGAACUCAAUUAACUGAUUUUUUUGCAAUGAACACUGAUACUGAACAUGGCUUGGGGUAUCUAUAUGGUGAAUUUUGCGAGCAUUAUACAUGGCAUCAGGGUGAUAAGAGAUGA